AUAACUAAUCUGUUGUAGAAUGUGACACUGGUAAAUACGGAGAUAACUGUGCCAUGUCCUGUGAUGCCAGAAACUGCAGCAAUAAAGAUGUCUGUCCUCAUCAAGAUGGAAAGUGUAUAGGCGGGUGUAUCUCUGGAUUUCAAGGACUGGACUGUUUACAAGCGCUUCCACAAACUACUGUCACUACUGGCACUACUGACACUACUGACACUGUGCCAAUUAUCGGUGGUGUCGUCAGUGUUGUUGUGGUUGUCAUUGUUGUGACAACCAUCAUCGUUGUAUUCAUGAGGAGAAGAAAGCGAUCGAGGGAUAAAAACAAAGCUGAUGAUAUAAUUGUUUCAGAAGAUGAUACAACGAUAAAAG